AUGUUUAUGUUCACCAGUCCGGUCACUCAAGCAUACAUUAAUGAACCACAUAUCUUAAAAGACAAACAAGGAUAUGCUGGCUCUGUUGAUUAUGUGAAGUCAGGUCUGGGGUUGAUAGAGGUUGAAAAGUCUUGGGCUGAGGAAGAGGGACAUAUCAUGUUUAGAUUGAACUCAAUGAUUUCUGCCAAACUUUGGCCGUUUCACAAAGCUAAUAUAUUUAGAUUUUUUCAGAGUUUUAAGAAAGAAGCCAUCAUGUCAAGACUUUUUGUAGAGUCUGUCGACGAAUGUCCACCCAUAGAAGGAAUCAUCGAAGGUAGGGUACCUUCCUGGAUCAAGGGCACUUUAUUCAGAAAUGGGCCAGGACUAUACGAGUUUGGGAAAUAUAAGAUGAACCACAUGUUCGAUGGAAUGGCAGCGGUACAAAGAUGGACGUUCCAUGAAGGAAAAAUCACAUAUCAACGGAAAUUCGUCAAUAGUCAAGCGUUUCAAAGAAACCAAAGUGCAAACCGUAUAGUUUUCUCGGAAUUUGGUACACACAAGGUUCCAGAUCCUUGCCUGAAUAUAUUUCAAAGAUUUUUUUCGUGCUUCACACCUGAUGAGGAAACAGAUAACACCUGUGUCACAGUCUGGCCUCAAGAAGACAGGGUUUUUGUUUCCACGGAAACGGUCAAAAUUCAUGAAAUUAACCCAGAAACACUGGAGACUCUGCAAACAGUAAAUUUGUCCGACUUUUUGACCAUAAACACAGCCACAGCACACACACAUUGGGACAACGAUGGCACUGUACAUCAUUUUGGUUUCUGGUUCAAAGGAAAAGACCCAAAGUACACCUUAUUCAAAAUUCCACCAAAAGCAGACGUAAAGGACGCAUAUUCUAAUAUCGACAUUGUUGGGUCUGUGCCUAGCAGAUGGAGGUUACACCCCGGCUAUGUCCACAGUUUUGGAAUCACGGAAGACUUCUACGUCUUUGUGGAGCAGCCCCUUGUGUACGACGUUUUGAAGUUUGCGACUAUGAACGUAACCAAGACAAGAAUUGAAGAAAAUUUGACAUGGUUUCCAAAAGAAAAUACAUUAUUUCACGUGUUGAACAGAAAGACCGGAGAACGCCACAACCCCUCAGUGAAAUACAGCGGAGACCCCAUGUUUACUUUCCAUAUAAUCAACAGCUACCAAGAGGAAGAUUUUCUUGUGUUUGAUGUCUGUGCAUUUAAGGACAACACAAUCAUUAAGACUUUGUACCUGAAGAACUUUACAGAGGAGAAGAUAGCCGAAACAGUGAAAAACCUACCAAGACCUAGUGUUCGUAGAUAUGUGUUCCCAUUAAACAUCGAUAAAAACACUCCAUUGAACGAAAACCUAGUUACCCUUCCCGGGUGUACAGCAACCGCUGUGAAGAAAUCUGCCACAGAGGUCUACUGUAGCUGGCAGGAGAUUGACACACAAGGAAAUGGAUUUGAGCUCCCACAGAUUAAUUAUACACACUAUAACGGGAAGAAAUAUAGAUAUGCCUAUGGAAUUGGAAAAGAUUUUUCAAAGCUGGUGAAACUGGAUAUGGACACUCAAGAAGUCAAAUUGUGGUCGGCAGAGGGGUACUUCGUAUCGGAACCAGUGUUUGUAGCUACCCCCGGGGCUACCAAGGAGGAUGAUGGUGUGGUCCUCAGCGCAAUCAGUCCUCAAGACAAAGACAAGCGGGCAUUUCUGUUAUUACUCAAUGCGCAGACUUUUGAAGAGGAUGCUCGUGUAAUCUUUGACACCGACAGAUUUUCAAGAGAUUUCCAUGGAUUUUUUAAAAAUGAGAUAGUAGGCUCACUGGGGGCCGCCAGAGAAUCCAAUAACAGAGUAGGCUCACUAAGGACCGCCAGAGAAUCCAAUAACUUUAAAAAACAGAUAAAACAGAUAAAAAACAUGAACGCAGAGGGGGACUUCUAUGAAUUUAUAAAUGACAUUUCUUCAGAAGAUGUAAAAGAGAAUUGA